AUGUCUUUAAAACAAGAGCAAAAUCAAAAAUUCGGUCUACGAACAGGUCUGACAAUGUUCAAUAGCCAUAUGGUACCUACCAAUGCUUCGGAUAACACAGAGAAAUCCCAUGAUGAAUCAUGCACAAAGAAAGAAUCAACGUUAGCUAACAAUGCAUCAUCUACAAAAAAUUCUGUUGUAACUUCGAAUACUCCGCCACCAUCUAGUGUUAAACCAGUUGGAUCUAACAAAUUCUUCAUGCCAAACAAGAAAUGA